GAACUAGCACUCGGCAAGACCUAUGUUAGCUUUACUACUUUGCCUUGGAACCCAAACAAGUCUCUACUCUCACAGCUGUCACAGAUUUAUGUACCCUGACGCUGAAAAUCAACAGCGGCUGAACUAGUAGAGAGAACAGCCAGCGAUGUGCAGCUGCGUGCGGAGCUCCAGGGCUCUGCCCCCUGCCCUGCUCCCCAGGUUGCUGCUGCCACACACGGGCUACUCUUUCGCUGGCAGGGGUCUGCGGACAUCCACAAACUCCAUGCAGGCAGUGAAUGCGGACACCUCUCAGCCACUACCGCUGCCUAGCCAAGCCCGAGUGGUUAUCUGUGGUGGGGGCAUUGUGGGGACGUCGGUGGCGUAUCACCUGGCUAAGCUGGGCUGGACUGAUAUCGUCCUUCUGGAGCAGGGCAGACUAGGAGCGGGAACCACCAAACUAUGUGCCGGCAUCAUCAGCGUGGCCAAGCCCAUCUCAAUCGAAUGCAAAAUGGCCGACUACUCCAACUCUCUGUACCAGCAGCUUGAGCAAGAGACUGGCGUCAAGACGGGCUACGUGCAAACUGGUUCUCUGUGUCUGGCGCAGAAUCAGGACCGCUUCAUUUCGCUGAAGCGACUCGCGUCGAGACUCAAAGUGUUGGGGAUAAACUGUAACAUUGUGAAGCCCAAAGAUGUGGUCAAACUCCACCCUUUAGUAAACAUUCACGACCUGGUGGGGGCGCUUCACCUUCCUGCCGACGCUGUUGUGUCUCCGCCAGAUGUCAACCACGCACUGGCAGUGGCAGCAGCUGGACAAGGGGUUCAGAUCUUGGAGAGAACCACUGUUCAGCAAGUUCUGGUGGAGAAGGGCCACGUGAUGGCUGUGGAGACAGACCGAGGCUCCAUUGAGUGUGAAUAUUUCGUCAACUGUGCUGGACAGUGGGCAUACGAGCUUGGUCAGGCGAGCGAAACUAAAGUCUCUGUCCCCCUGCAUGGCUGCGAACACUUCUACCUCCUCACCAAACCCCUCCAGGCUGAGCUCCCCGCUGACACACCAGUGGUGUUCGACAUGGAUGGGAGAAUAUACGCUCGGCCGUGGCAGGGGGGCAUGCUGUCGGGGGGCUUCGAGAAGAACCCUAAGCCGAUCUUUACAGAGGGACGCAAUCAGCUGGAAAUUCAGAACAUGCAGGAGGACUGGGACCACUUUGAGCCUAUGCUCAGCUCCCUGCUUCGGAGAAUGCCUGGGCUGGAGUCAGCUGAGAUCCAGCAGUUGGUCAACUGCCCAGAGUCCUUUACGCCAGAUAUGCGUUGUCUAAUGGGUGAGACGCCAGGCGUCUCGGGCUACUUCGUUCUGGCUGGCAUGAACUCCUCGGGUCUGGCCUUUGCCGGAGGAGCUGGCAAGUAUUUGGCUGAGUGGAUGACCUAUGGUUACCCCAGCGCCAACGUGUGGCCAUUAGACAUUAAGCGCUUUGGCAACCUGCAGAGCAGCCGCACAUUUCUGCGACACCGUGUAAUGGAGGUCAUGCCGCUUUUGUACCGACUAAAAGUUCCUCGCUGGGACUUCCAGACAGGUCGGCAGCUGAGGACAAGUCCCUUGUACGACCGACUGGACACGCAGGGAGCUCGCUGGAUGGAGAAACACGGCUUUGAGAGGCCUAAAUACUUUGUUCCUCAUGGCAAAGAUCUCCUGUCUCUGGCCCAGAGCAAGACCUUCUACAAGCCGGACUGGUUUGACAUUGUUGGGGCGGAGGUCAAGUGCUGCAAGGAAGCAGUCUGUGUUAUUGACAUGUCGUCCUUCACCAAGUUUGAACUCACUUCCUCAGGUGACGAGGCUUUGGAGCUGCUGCAGCACUUAUGCGCCAAUGACUUGGAUGUUCCGGUGGGACAUAUCGUCCAUACGGGCAUGCUGAACCAACAAGGAGGCUAUGAGAAUGACUGCAGCGUUGUUCGCAUCAGCAAGAACAGCUUCUUCAUCAUCUCCCCAACAGACCAACAAGUCCACUGUUGGUCAUGGAUCAAGAAACACAUGCCAAAUGACCCACACCUCCACCUUGAGGACGUUAGCUGGAAGUACACAGCUUUGAAUCUGAUUGGACCUCGUGCCAUGGAUGUUCUGGCAGAGCUGUCGUAUGUUUCCAUGACGCCUGACCAUUUUCCCUCCAUGUUCUGUAAGGAGAUGAGCGUAGGCUACGCUAACGGCAUCCGAGUGAUGAGCAUGACACACACGGGCGAGCCGGGUUUCAUGCUCUACAUCCCCAUCGAGUAUGCGCUUCACGUGUACAAUGAGGUGAUGUCAGUGGGUCAGAAGUACGGUAUCCGCAACGCUGGAUACUAUGCGCUACGCAGCUUACGCAUUGAAAAGUUCUUUGCCUUCUGGGGACAAGACCUGGACGCUUUCACCACGCCGCUAGAGUGCGGACGGGAAUUCCGCGUCAAGUUUGAUAAGGACACAGACUUUGUGGGUCGCUCGGCCCUGCUGCAGCAGCGCCACGACGGCGUGCGUCGCCGCUUCGUCAUGUUGGUCCUGGACGACCACGACACCGAGCUGGACCUGUGGCCCUGGUGGGGCGAGCCCAUCUACUGCAACGGAAGUCUGGCGGGCACCACCACGAGCAGCGCUUACAGUUACACUCUAGAGAGACACGUGUGCCUGGGGUUCGUAUCGCCGCCCCCCGGACCGGACGGCUUGCCCGCGGUCGUCACCCCGGAUUUUAUAAACCGAGGGGACUACGAAGUAGACGUGGCCGGGCAGAGGUACCCGGCUAAGGCAAAGCUUUACCCCUUCAGCUCGCUUUUUAGCCAGCAACACCGGAGACGCAAAGACGACUUGGAGCUCAGCAACUUACAGGGCGAGUGAUGUUGACAUCUCACUUCUGAUGCUCACUUUAAGUGCAAUACUUUGGAAACAAGUAAAAAAAAAUCAAUUUUCAUUGGUGUGGUUUCAAAGUGCCUUGCAGGAGGCCACAAAUGCUCUUUGACAUGUUGGCUCUCUAUAGAUGAAAGUCUAUGCUGCUGCAGGUUAUUGAAAUUUAUACUUGCAUGCAAUUUUCACAUGUUCGUAAAAAUGUUUAAAAAAAAAAAAAAAAAGUCUUAGAAAAACUUUGGAAAUGUUACCAAAGCGGUAAUGAAGAAAAAAAAUCUGAGGAAUGUUGUAAAGUAAAACAAUUCCACAAUGUUAAACGAAUCGUUGUUAUACAGUACGUUUUCGUUUAAAAAUAAAAAUUGUCCUGAUUUAUGUUAAAAGAUGCAUUCUUGGUCAGUGGUAGCGUGAACUUAAAAAAGUCACCAUUUCUCGUUUCUUUGUGGUUAAAAUGCUUGCCAAAGUCACGUUAAGGUAUAAAGUUACCAUGGUAAGUAAUAUAUUACGUAAGUCUUAAAACUUCAGAUGAAAACGCCAAACAUUACAAGUUCUAUAUUCUCAUCAAAAUGUAGAUUUUCCAUUCCUGUCUUAUUUCUUAAAAUGUCAUCUUAAUUCCCCCCCCCCAAACAAGUAACAAGAGUCAUAAAUUUGCUUUCAUAUGCCCCAUCCUAACUAAACUACAGCAAAAAUAUAUAUUUUUUCCCCUGAAAUAUUCUUCAGUUUCAAUACUUUAGGGAAGUCGCCUGUCUACAUGGCAAAGUUUUGCUGUGCAAUGUGUAUGCCUGCCAUGCCAUCGUUUUAAUCAUGUACUGUAACAUAUCUGAAUCAGUUGGAAGUAAUUUUUCUUAUUGACAAAAUAUCGUUUUGUUGCUUAUGAAGGGCUGAACUUGACAUUUAUCGCUUGUCCUCCAUUUUGCUGCACGUCCUCAAUACAUGAAGUCUGACAUACAGAAAACUGUCAAAUCUUUUAUCUUCAUAAGACAAACACCCAAAAAAGUUUUUUGUUGUUGUUGUUGUAUUGGUUACAGUACAUCAAGUCACAUUACAAAUAAAAAGUCAAAUGUUGCAAGGCUGUUUUUGUCUACUGGCUUGCAUCAAGCUGGCCAGCUGUGUUGUCCUGAUGAAUCUUUGUGAGGUCACAUCUCGGCCACUAUGAAGGUUUUUGUUGAUCAUGUCCUACGCGCUUUGCGCGGUCGACAGCCGUUGUGUGGCACAGGUGUGUUGUCGGUGAUGGAGACCACUUCAAGACCCCCCAUGGUCAAGCC